AACAAAGGAAUGUUGUUGCUAUCAAAAAUUGUUUAACAAGCUGAUUUUCAAUGCCGGUUUAUUAAAAAGAAAUAAUAAUUGAGCGUGGUGAUUUCUUAACAAAAUUAAAAUUAUUUAUUAACAUUUUUCGUCAUAAACUUUCCGGCUAUAGGAUGCUCUACCUUAGCUUAAUUAAAAAUUUUAAGUUAUAAAUGCAAUGCAAUUGAGUCGCGUCUUGUUCAAACCCAAGGCAUCGCAAGUAUUAACCGCCUACUUGAAACAAUGUAAUGAACCACCUUGGACUUCGUAUUUCAUUAAGUUAAAGGAUGUGGAAAACGAUCAGUGGGGCAGGUCCCAUUUCAACUGGACCCUUGAUAGCGGAGCUAAUUAUCACAUUUUAAGAACUGCCUGUUAUCCCUACCUCAAAUAUCAUUGCACCAAAAGAGAAAUUCAAGAUCUCUCAUUGGAGGACAAGUUUUUUCGUUUUCUCAAGAUAAUCAAUUUGGGUUUACCUAUGUUGUUUUAUGGUUUAGCUGCAAUACGCCUUAUAAGGCAUGAAGAGUUUGUUAUAAUGCCAAAUGGCGAAAAAAUAUCGAUAUAUUUUUUGUAUGAAGAAGAUAAAGGCUCCAGGUUUUAAAUGAAUUGUACCAGUGUUUGUGGGUGUUAUAAGGAUGUUUACUAACAAUACGGUGCAGUUAGCCGAAUAGAAAAAUUUUAAAAUUUUUAUAUUUGAAA